AGACAUGGCUUCCUCGUCUUCCGCCGCCAUCCUCGUCCUCGUUGUCUCUUGCAUGUCACUUGUUUGUUCGGCCCGACAUCUAAAAAAGAUCGUCGUCGGCGGUCCUCAAACUUGGGAGUUUGGCAUUGACUAUAGUGAUUGGGCGUUAAAAAAUGGCCCUUUUUACGUCAAUGAUGUUCUUGUUUUCAGGUAUCCGGCUCCAAAUGGAUUUGGAUCUCCUCAUAGUGUUUACUUGUUGCCGAACUUGGAGAGUUUCUCCAAGUGUGAUUUUUCAAAGGCUCGAGAGGUAGCGAAUACGAGCCAAGGAGAAGGAGAUGGGUUCGAGUUCGUGCUCGAACAAUCUAAGACUUACUACUUUGCAUGUGGUGAACGCAAUGGGUUGCAUUGCAUUGAUGGAAACAUGAAAUUCUCUGUGUUACCAAAAGCUUACUAGAAGAAUAUUCAUGUUCUUUU